GGGAGGGGAGCCUGCAGCUCUGCGUGCUCUCUUCCCAUCCUGAAGAAGGUAGAAAUGAACAGGUAUCGCUUCGCCUCCCGUUUGGAGAAGAUGCCCAAGGAACACGGAGAGGGAGGACGUCUCCCAGCUUGCUGAGGACCACCCAGAUCCAGUAUUGUUCCCAGCCAGGUGGACUGGCAAACUCAGAGUUCCCCAGGUUCCGGACCCUGCCUCCACUUCUGAAAGGUUUUGGAAAUCCCUGGUCUCCAGAUUGCUGGAAUUGACUUGCUCCACUGAAUCACUCAGUGGAGACAAAGAGAACUAAAUGCUAAUGCUUUGUGCUGACUCAUAUUUGAACCAAAGCAUUGGGGAGCCCGUCUGCCUUUUUGUGGAAAGGACCAGUGACACUGUCUAUCACUGAGCUUCCUGAGACUUCUGAAGAGAGGACGUUAGAGGAAGAUAACACUUUCUUUUGAGCUUUUAUAACAGAUACUUGCUCUAGUUCUGAAGCCCAGGGCUGCUUGGGGUGUGAGUGACAAGUCUUACAAGUGGCCUUAUUCCAACUCCAGGAAUUCCUCAGCUGGAUUCUGACUUUAGCUAAAGUGACAGGAAACAUGCCAACACAAUCCCUUUUAGUGUAUAUGGAUGGACCAGAAGUAAUUGGCAGUCCUCUUGGCACCCAGAUGGAGCUAGAUGAUGCCAUGUCCCUAAAAGGCACCACUGCCGUUCCUUUCCGAGCCACCCAAGAGAAAAGCAGCAUAAUCCAGAUAGAAGGGCACACGCCCAUGGACUGCAUGUUUUGCAGUCAGACCUUCACACACUCGGAAGACCUUAAUAAACAUGUCUUAAUGCAACACCGGCCCAUCCUGUGUGAGCCCGCCGUUCUGCGUGUCGAAGCCGAGUAUCUUAGUCCACUUGAUAAAAGCCAAGUGAGGGCAGAACCUCCCAAGGACAAGAGUGGCAAAGAAAGUGAAGAACUGAGCUGUGAAGUGUGUGGGCAGACCUUCCGAGUUGCCUUCGACGUUGAGACCCACAUGAAGAAACACAAGGACUCCUUCACGUACGGGUGUAACGUGUGCGGACGGAGGUUCAAGGAGCCCUGGUUUCUGAAGAACCACAUGCGGACACACAACGGCAAGUCGGGGGCCAAGGGCAAGCUGCAGCCGGGCUCCGAGAGCCCGGUCACCAUCAACGAGGUGGUCCAGGAGCACGCCGCCGAGAGCAUCUCCUCUCCUUACAAAAUCUGCAUGGUUUGUGGCUUCCUAUUUCCAAAUAAAGAAAGCCUAAUAGAUCACAGGAAGAUGCACACCAAAGAAACGGCUUCCGGUAGCAGCAGCAGCAGCAGCACCCAAACAGACUCUCAGCAGGAGGGGAUGCCAGCCCCGGGAGAGGAGUUCCUGCAGUUCUUGAACUUGAGACCCAAAGUGCCCCCUGAAACCGGGAGGCAGCCCGCCGGAUGGAUACCUCAGCUCGAUCCGUUCACCACCUACCAGGCCUGGCAGCUGGCCACCAAGGGCAAGGUCGCCGUCUGCCGAGAAGUGAAGGAGCAGCCGGGGCAGGAAGGAAGCACCGACAACGACGAUUCGGACAAAGAAGAGCUCGGAGAGAUAUGGACCAUGAGUAAAAGCCAUUCCGAGGGCUCUGGAAAGUCGAAAACAAGCAAGAGCGGUUGUCCAGGCCUCUCCCAGGAGAAGGAGAAGGCCAGGCACGCCAACGGUGAAGUGCCUUCCGGGGAUGCGGACCCCAAGCUGUCGAGCAACAAAGAGAAGCCCACACACUGCUCUGAGUGUGGCAAAGCUUUCCGAACCUACCACCAGCUGGUCCUGCACUCGCGAGUCCACAAGAAGGACAGGAGGAUGGAUGCCGAGUCGCCAACCAUGUCGGUUGACGGCAGGCAGCCCAGGACAGGCUCUCCGGACCUACCCGCCCCCCUGGACGAGAACGGAGCCAUCGACCGAGAAGGUGGUUCUGAAGAUGGCUCUGAGGAUGGGCUUCCCGAAGGGUUCCAUCUGGAUAAAAAUGAUGACGGAGGCAAAAUAAAGCAUCUUACAUCCUCAAGAGAAUGUAGUUAUUGUGGAAAGUUUUUCCGUUCAAAUUAUUACCUCAAUAUUCAUCUCAGAACGCAUACAGGUGAAAAACCAUACAAAUGUGAAUUUUGUGACUAUGCUGCAGCCCAGAAGACCUCUCUGCGGUACCACUUGGAAAGACACCACAAAGAUAAGCAGGGUGACACCGCUGCUGAAGUCAAGAGCGAAGGGAAAAAUCUGGAGACCGAAGAUGCACUCCUCACCGCCGACAGUGCGCAAACCAAAAAUUUGAAACGAUUUUUCGAUGGUGCCAAAGAUGUUAAAGGCAGCCCACCUGCAAAGCAACUUAAGGGCAUGGCCCCUGCUUUCCAGAAUGUUCUGGGCAGCGCUGUCCUUUCACACGUCCACAAAGAUACUCAGGAUUUCAAUAAAAAUGCAUCCGAAGACAGUGCUGAUAGAAUGAGCAGAAAUCCUGCCCCUGCCUAUUUGGACACGGUAAAGAAGAGGCCAGCAGUUGAACCUCAGGCCAGUAACCUCAUCUGCAGAACGGAAGUGGAUGUCACUCCUCACCCAGGUGGCGGUUCCGCCCAUAACGCUGAAGUCAGCCACAAAGAGAAGGCAGAGGUGGCAGGGGACUGCAAAUUCAAGCCGGGCCUCGACUGCCAAGAAAAACCUUUAAACUUAUCCGUCGGGGCUCUUCACAGUUGCCCGGCAAUUUCUUUGAGUAAAAGUUUAAUCCCAAGCAUCACCUGCCCGUUUUGUACCUUCAAGACGUUUUAUCCAGAAGUUUUAAUGAUGCACCAGAGGCUGGAGCAUAAAUACAACCCCGACAUUCACAAGAACUGUAGGAGCAAGUCUUGGCUGAGAAGCAGACGGACCGGAUGCCCGCCGGCGUUACUGGGAAAAGACGUGCCUCCCUUGCCCUCCUUCCCCAAGCCCAAGCCCAGGCCGGCGUUCGCAGCCCAGUCCAAGUGCCUGCCGUCGGAGAAGGGCAAGCCGGGAGCCCCGGGGCCGGGCAAAGCCCCGCUGACUUCAGGGACCGACCCUAGCACUUUAGCCCCCAGCAACCUGAAGUCGCACAGGCCACCGCAGAGCGUCGGGGCGCAGGGGGCUCCGGCCGCCAGGCAGCCGCCGCCCGAGCUGUUCCCCAAGAGCGGCGCUUGCCCUGCCCCGGAGAGAAGCAAGAGGCCGGAGGCCAAGCUCAGAGCCCCGGCGGCCUGCGCGGGCAGCAGCUCCGUCAACGGCUCCGCCGACUUCCCCGCCAAGCACGACGGCCCGUGGGCGCCCCCGGGGCGAGACUAUUUCUGUAGCCGGGGUGCAGGCGGCGCCGGCCCGGAGUUCGGAGAGCCGCUGCCCAAGAGGCCGAAGCCCGGGCCGGGGGCCCUGGACGCCGAGCAGCCCGCGCCCAGCUACCGGAGGGGCUUCGACCUGCCCAAGUACCACGUGGUGCGGGGCAUCGCGGCGCUGCUGCCGCAGGAGUACGCGUGCCCGCCGCCCGCGGCGCCGCCCCCCAAGCCGCGCUUCCUGGCCUCCGGGGAGAUCGAUGCCGCCAACGUGCUGACCGUGCACAAGCCCUACGGCGGGGCCGGGCCGCUGUACGCGUGCGGGCCCGCGGGCGGCCAGGCGGCGGGCGCGGCCUCAGCCCUGCGGGAUAAAGCCUUACUCCGGAGCGGCGCCCCUCGCCCGUUUUCCUCCCUUGUGGGGUGA